AUACAAGAUUUUGAAAAUAGCUGGAAAAGAAGAUUUAUCCUCACAGAAUCGAAAGUAAAAGUUAUUUUAUAAAACAAUAAAUCUUACAAAAAAUAAAUUAUAGUGAAUGGUACUAUAUUUAGUGAUAGUUUAUCAGUGCUUUAUUUUGAAGCAAUAAAUUCUCCCCAAGAGAAAACUACUCUGCUUGACAAACAAACACUCGCACAGCAGCAACAGCUGUAGGCUACUGUAUGAAUGGGGAAACGAAAUCGUUGGCCUAAUGAUAGACGGAAGUCAACAAUCAACAGACCUCUUCUAUCCGCAGUCACUCGUUUGAAAUCAUUGUGUGCCGCACUGGACACCGAGCUUGAGAGCACAUCGACGGUGAGAGGUGAAACUGAAAGUUUUUUUUCAAUUUCAGAGAUCCUUUGUCGACUAAAGUAAAGCAGGUUCGAAACACCAUGUCUGGACGAGGUAAAGGAGGAAAAGCCAAAGCAAAGGCCAAGAGCCGUUCAUCAAGGGCUGGACUGCAGUUUCCUGUUGGCAGAAUUCAUCGUCUUUUGAGGAAAGGCAAUUAUGCUGAGCGAGUUGGUGCUGGAGCUCCUGUUUAUUUGGCUGCUGUACUCGAGUAUCUCGCUGCUGAAGUGUUAGAGUUGGCUGGUAAUGCUGCUCGUGACAACAAGAAGACCAGAAUAAUUCCUCGCCAUCUUCAACUAGCCAUCAGAAAUGACGAGGAAUUGAACAAGCUGCUUUCUGGUGUCACCAUUGCUCAGGGAGGUGUGUUGCCAAACAUUCAGGCUGUCCUUCUGCCCAAGAAGUCUGCUGCUGCUACUGCUUCAAAGGCCAAGAAGUCUUCACAAUCUCAAGAGUUUUAGUUCAGCCUACAAUAGUUUUCAAGGUUAAUGGUCCUUUUGGGUUUGAGGGCCACCCCAUUUUUUCAGAACAUUGCACUCUUCAAUCUCAGUAGUUGAACCUUAUAUUUUGACUUGCCAUAUUAUUUUCUUUUUAUUAUAAUCUUCCUUUGUCUUUCAGCUAACUUUAUUGUAAUACAGUUUAGUACAUGACUAUAGCGGCACCCGCUGCAGCGGGACCGUACCAGAAUCACCCUUUUUUUGUGGCUAUGUAAACUAAAUUAACUGUGCUUGGGUUUAACGGAGCAAGGAAAGGCCCAAAGUUGAAUAUGGCGGGAGCUAGGCCUAUGGCGGGAGAGAUCGAGCGAGCUCUAGCUGGGGGGAAGGGGGUGGGGAGAAGCUGUAGGUGAGCUCCAAACAGGCAUUCAUUGGUGUGGCAUUGUGGUUGGCCAGUCCAGUGAUGAGUGAGGUGGGGCAGGCAGGAGAGAGAGAUGGUGUGGAGAGACACGUGAGCCACUCUAAAAGUGAUGUGCCAUAGCCCUAGCAAUCAGAGAAGGGGAGAGUGUGUAGUGUGUGGUUUUUCGGUAAUUCCCCUUUGCAUUCCUAUAGCGGGAACUUGCCUACAGCGGGAUUUUUCUUCUGGAACUUAAAGUCCCACUGUUGCCAUGUUCUACUGUAAUAAUAGUAAUAACAUUUGUUUUGAUUCUUAUCUUCCAUCUCUAGCUCAGUUUCUAACUUCUAAGAAGAUCUCCAGCUAUAAUAAUUGCUAUAUUCCUGUACGUAAUUGAACCAGUUGAAGGUGGAAUUGUAAGGGAGGAGCUAGAAAAAACCAAACAUUUUCAGUUUUAGUCUUAGAAUGGAGAAUUUAGGGGAAAGGGGCCAGCUUGGUAAGUGGGAUCAAGAGUCCGAAACUAUGUUCAAAACUACACCUCCCAAAUGCUGUCCUAGUAUUUCUAGCUGCUCUGAUAUGACAUUGCCAUGCAUCAGUAGGCCUAGACUUUAUAUAUAGAUCUAUUACUAAUACAAGAGCUCACUGUUUGACAUUUGCAGGCUUGCCGACUAUCCUGAACUUCCCAGAUUUUGCAAUCAGGAAUUUGAGAAGACAUUUUUAUUAUCAUGUGUAUUACACUAUGCCCAUAGCCAGACUCACCUUAUAUAAUUUUGUUCAUUUGAAUGUAAUCUGAUAUUAUAAGAAUGGGUGUCCCUGAUUGGGGUUUGAAAAAGUUGGCAAGUCUUAGUUUGCUUUGAUAAUUUACUUUGUUUCCACUCAUUGAUGUACAAUGUAGUAUAAUGGACUCUGGCAAUAGCAGGACUGUUGGGACCAAUAUGAAAUCUAGGGAUGGGCAUUAGUCGAUAUUAGCCAAUCACGAGUACUGGUACUGACUAAGAAAUUCAGUAUCGAUCGAUACCCAGUACUAGUACUGAUACCCAGUACUAGUACUGGUUAAGGAAAUCAUUGGAAAGCAAUGGACACAACACUUGUAUAGAUAUAUCAAAAUAUGUUCUCAUACUACACUUCUCUUUCUUCGUAGCUGUGAAGACAUUUUGAGAUUAGCAGAGGUAUAAAAUGGCUACAACGAUUGAAUUAUGGCGCACGAUGUGCCCCGUAAGACGAAAUUCAUCAAAUGAAAGAAAAGCGCAAUCUUGAGUGCUGCACCAAAUUGCGCCAAAAACUUUCUCUUGAAUAUCAAUUAGGCCUAGGAUAACCUGUUCGAUAACAAAUUUAAUUGGAUGAUUCAUCGCGUGUUUAGGUCUAGGCCCACUCGCCAGUUUGAGAAACAAUCGUGAUUGGAUGAUUAUCGUCAGAUGUUUUUGCGUCAUACCUCUCGCGUCUGGCAUUGUUCUCAGCCUAUUCGAAUACUGACGAAUAGUAUUCUCAGACUUCUGACUUCUGACCGAGGAAUGACAAGAGGCCUAUAGUAAAAUUGGCUACAACUGUGCGAGUGUACACCUACUUUAGUACAUGUAUUAUGUAUGUAAGAGUAGACAAAAAGUUUUUAUCCAUCCCAUGUUAUCUCAGUUACUGUUUAAGGUUUCGAAAGUGAAGGGGCUUCAUUCAUUUGUCUAAAAGUAUCUCCGUAUCGAAUAGUAUUGAUUAAGGGACUUCCAAUAUCGAGUAUCAAUUAAGUUACGUUUUGAGAACCAGUACAGUGGAAUCCUGUUAUAGCGAGAGGGAGGGGACCGAAGCAAAAAGUCCGUUAUAGCAGG